AUGGAUUUCACACAAAAGGUGCUUUCAAGACUCACCAUCACUUUGCUAUGCAUGCUGGCUCUAGCUCCAUCUUCAUCGACGGCAUGGUCGUUCUCGUCCAUUUUCGGAGGCGAUGACGACUCGAGCUCAGCUUCAGGUAACUCCGUCGUUGACAAGUCGGACGGCUCCGAUGUCGAGAUGCAACAGCCACUGCUGAAGGCUGCCGACUGGUUUCUCACUGAGGAGGAGAUCACCGCAUCACGGGGAGGAUCGCCUCGCAGUGACAUGGCCACGUACAGCACAGGUAACGCCGUCAAGACCUUUACUGUGACCAAGGAGUUUUUCGACUCGGUCUUCGAUGACCUUACGACGACCGAAGUAAACGACCGCGUCAUGCUCGCUUCCUGGAAUACUGAUCUCGUCCCGUUCAAGCCUGACGUAGAUCCGACUGGCGCCAAGUCAAAUUUCGAUGUCGUCUUCGGUGGCGUCGUGAAGCGUGGAGGUGACGUCAAGAUUUUGGGUUGGGCCAACAAGUUCCUCUUUUUCCAGGACGUUAAAGUGCGCAACAAGAUCAACAAGCUCCCCAAGUCUGGCACCAAUGAUGGUAACGCUCUCUUCAUCUUCGACGACCGUCUCCCUUACGGGAUGUCCUCCCAGCACCAGAAAGCGCUCGUGAUCGCUGCCGGAAGCUCCACAGGAAAAGACGACCACCCAGUCGCAUACGUGGGCGGCAUCGACCUCUCUAAUGAUCGCUGGGACAACAUUUACCACAACGCCACUGCGAUCCGCAAAGAGUCCGGGGUUCAUUUCCGCCAAAAUGGCUGGGUAGACAGCAGCAUGCGUAUCCACGGACCAGCGGCGAAGGACGUGGCUAACAACUUCCUCGCUCGCUGGAACUCGCCUUACCUGCCAGCGCAGGGCCUGGGAGAUGACCUCGUCGACUUUGAGAACCCGCAGUAUUCCUACCUGCCACCACUCGACUACGCUAGUAGUAAUACGACGUCCAAACUCGGCAAUCAGAAUGUACAGAUCGUGCGAACGUUCAGCUGCAAGUACAAGAACUGGGAGUUCGCUCCGAAUGGCGAAAACUCGCUCUUCCACGCGCGUAUCAAGGCCAUCAAGAAUGCCAAGAACUUCAUCUACAUCGAAGACCAGUACUUUAUUCUCGUACCGGAACUUCUGGACGCACUGAUGGAGGUAUUACCGAGUCUUCAGCGACUGAUUGUCGUUGCGCAGCCACCGGAAUUGAUAACCAAGAGUGCUGGCUACGAGAAGUACAUGUAUCAGAACGUCCAGGCCCUCAAGGAAAAGUUCCCGAACAAAUUCAAGUUUUACUCCAUGAAGCCGAAGCUGGACGUCUACGUCCACAGCAAGUUGGUAGUUGUCGACGAUGUGUAUUUAUCAGAUGGUUCAGCCAACUGGAAUCGACGGAGCAUGACAUCGGAUCCCGAGCUGGACGCCAACGUCGUUGACAGCGACAUCGUUGAUACUCCGGAUGGUAUUAAGGUGGGCAAGAUAAUCCGCGACUUCCGUGUACGAAAGUUCCAGGAGAUGACGGGUCGCAGCUACAAGAAGAUCAACGCCAUGAAGUUCCUCGACGCCGCAAAUUUGUACGACACGGCAGCCGCGGAAGCAUCUUCGCUUAUUGAAAAGUUGGAAGUCGACAAAGAAUGGUACUACAACUUAUAUGGAGAUGCCAUUCAGAAGAGGGUUGAUCCGCAAGACACUUGCGAUGGCAUCUCGUACGGUUCUUCAUAA